AUGACCACGACCCUGGGCACCUCGAAUGUACGAGGUGGAUCAUCCGCUCGUCGAGUCAAUCCCGGCAGAACCUCCAAGACCAUCGGCUCUUCUCUACGCCAAAAUUCACUCGUGUCCAACAGUGGCAUGCCUCUGACCUCGUCCUCUGCUAUCGCAGGAUCAAACCACCAGAUCAUUCCAAGCAACGAGCCUCUUGGCAUGUACCCAGCCAUCACCCACUUUGCAGAUGCGAUCGCUGCAUUGCCACGAGAGUUUCGCAGACACAACUCGCUGUUAAAAGAGGCGGACGCAAAAGCCUGGGCUCUUGAGGAGUCGCUACAGAAUAUUCUGCAACGAUGUGUGGCGGACACAAGAAAUACCAGCUACGAUACUAUACCUACGCAGAGCCUUGCAGGCGGAGAAGAUGCCUUCAACAACAGUGAAGUUCACAGUGUUGCGGGCGCCUCUUUCGACAAUGCCUCUCUCGCGUCUGCUCUUUCGGCGGAUCCUGCUUCCGCACAGCGCAGACAGCAGUAUUACAACUUGAGACAAAACUUGAUGUCCAUCAUGGUGACUAUGGACGAGAAGAACCAUGUCAUCAAUACUGCCAACGAAGAAGUGGCGAGGCACAUCCGUCGGAUGGACAGAAUCUGGCCACACAUUGCGGACGAACUCUCGGAAGAGGCAAGAUUAGGAAGUUUGAAGCAUUGGGCAUACACAGACAUAAAUCCGGUCAAGAAGCCCACUGCGCCCACAACAAGGAGAGAGGCUGCUGCCGCAACUCUGGCCGUGAUGGGAGAAGGCAACGAAGUUUCACACAGGAGUGAAGCUCGUAGAGAGGCCAUCUUGGCUAGGAGACAGCGGACGGGUCAGCAUGUGGAUUCAGACUUUGACGAGUCGCGAUCUGUGGCCCGGAAAGCCAACAGCGGCAAUAAAAAGCGUGUUGUUGCUGAGCAAAUGCCAGAGCCACCUGGGCUAGGUAUUUCGACCGCUGUAGCCGGCAAGAGGAAGAAACCCGAGAAACUUGCAAUCGGAGGAAUGGGCAUGGAGCGAUCCAUCAGCAGCGCGAUGGGAGGGCGCGCAAUGUCCAGAGAAAACUCUCAGCAAGAGUCAAAGAAGAGGAAGGCUUCUGCGGCUCCAACGACGGUAGCUCGAAAAAGGCUCAAUGCAUCAGCCCUAGACUCUCCCAAACUUGUUUCCUCGCCACUCGCUGGAACUGCGGGCAAAGAAGCGUACAAACGAAGUCCGGCACUCUCGUCUGUUCGCCCGGCGACAGGACGAGGCCGUCAGAAUUCUACGCAGAGAAUCGAAACGGUUCGAGAACGUCAGUCGUCUAUAGCCUCAAGCAGGAAUGGCAAUAAGCAGGACAUCACGGCCAGCACGCCGGAGGUGAACAGUGUAGCUGCGUUGACGGGCAAGACUGCGAACGAAGUCAGGAACACGAUGAAAGAGACGAAGACAGAUAAAGGAGAUCGCUUAAUUGAGGAUGAGCCUGCGGCCGUGAAUGGUGCCAACGGAGACUUGCCAUUACGCGGCGCUUUGUUUCUGGAAAGAUCCGCAAGCAGGCAAAGCGGCAAAGGCGACCCGGGCUUAUUGGAGGAUUUGUCGACGACGAAAGCAGCGCCCUCUCCUCGCCUCACGCCUGCCCUGCAAACGCUAGAGUACAAGCACGAGCGCAUUGGCAGGGGUCGUGCGUCCAAGACGUCGACACCCAUCGUGACCACGUUUGCUGAGGCCGAAGAGUCCGAGGGGGCGUCGACGAAUGGACACCAUGGCAAACCCAAGCGUCCUGCGCGGCCGCGGGUCAUGGACCACGGGUUGCAUGACUCAUUGUCGCCAAAGGGUCUGCCUAUGAAGCGAUCGCACAAGAAGAAUGGGAGUGUCAUUUCCGGGUUUGGGCCUCUACCCGGGGGCCCGCAAGGUCAGGGAGACAGGCGGCCCAAGGACGAGAACCAUGAACUAGCUGGAACGCCGGAGCUUAUGGGCCCAGGGCGGCCCGGCGACGAAGAGGAGGAAGGUGAAGACGACAAUGAGGCCGAUGACGAAGAGAGGUACUGUUACUGCCAGGGUGUGAGUUACGGGGAGAUGGUGGCUUGUGACAAGGAUGAUUGUCCUAGGCAGUGGUUCCAUCUGGAGUGCAUUGGAUUGAAGAGCGUUCCGAAGAGCGCGAAGUGGUAUUGUGACGAGUGCAAGGAGGUGUUGGCUAGGAAGGGGAAGGUUGGGAAUGGGGGUAAUGGAAAUGGGAGUGCGAGUGUCAGUGGCAAUGGGAACGGGAAUGGUAAUGGCAAUGGGAAGUGA